UCCCUGAUCAUUGACGGUGGUGCCAGGUGAUUGUGAGAAUUAAAGACUUUUCCCCCCAAAAUAAAAAAUGCCAGGACCCUCCAGACCUUUGUGGCAAAUUUCCGGAAAACGUGAUCCUGUCCAAGAACAAGAAGCCCAAGCAUGGAUAGAACAGGUAACAGGAAUGAAAUUCCCUCCUGGAGUUCCAUACGAAGACGUUCUUCGCGAUGGAAUCAUUCUUUGCAACUUGAUGAACCGUCUAGCUCCUGGAAUUAUCCAAAAAGUCAACACUUCAGGUGGAGACUACAAAAUGAUGGAUAACUUGAGCCAGUUUCAAAAAGCUUGCACGAAAUAUGGAGUUCCAGACGUUGAUCUCUUCCAAACAACCGACCUUUGGGAUAGGAAAAACAUUGCCCUGGUCACCACUACUAUUUUCGCCUUAGGUCGCACCUGUUACAAGCACCCAGAAUGGAGAGGACCUUACUUGGGUCCCAAACCAUCCGAGGAGAACAAAAGGGAAUUCAGCGAACAGCAGCUCAGGGCAGGAGAGGCCAUCAUUGGUCUCCAAGCCGGUCAAAACAGAGGCGCUUCUCAAUCUGGUCAGAACUUUGGAGCUUCAAGAAAGAUUAUUUUGGGAAAAUAAAUUAUUUACUCGAUCAUAUAAAAAUGAAGUAUUAUAAUAGUAUAAUUUGGAUAAAGAACCUGUAUU